AUGGCAAAACGAACAGAACAACAUGAAAUAGCAGGUUGUAUUUCUUGUCAGUAUCAAAUAAGUGAGCAUACCAUGCGUUUGUCUCCAAAAAAGAUGUUAUUGGGAACAAAAUAUGAUUACCAAGUGUAUUCAACUGAAUUAGAAAUUAUUGAAAAUAAAAACAACAGCUGUGUUAGAGAGCACAGAGACUAUGAAUGUCAUAAACAGGGUAUUUGA